GUCUUGUAACCGGUGGGAGAUGGCAAGUUAAUGGAACUAAUCUGGAAUACAUAUGUCCACAGGGAGGUAUUUCUGAACUUGCUUUGAUAUUUUCUGAGUAUAUUAGUUAUAGUGAUUUUGUAUCUUUGGUAAGAAGCAAAAUUGGUUUGUUAGACAAAUAUAGAAUUAGUCUUCGUUUCCACCAUCCUGAAUUAAAUUAUUAUAUAGCUAUAGUUGAAGACGUGGAUGUUAGAAUGUUGAUAAACGUAAUCAAAUAUAGUGGAGGAAGGGCUGUGAAAGUGUUUGUGGUGGUUGAUGAAGUUGAGGAGGUUAAUGGGGGCGGUGAAAUUGGAAACCAAGUUGUUGGUAAUUUAUGCAGUUAUCAAGGGAGCAACGAUCCGAUAGGUACUUUCAAUACUCCUAGUGUACCUCAGUUUCACAGUGUUGCUGAAAAUGUUAAUGUUAGUUAUUCACCUAUUCACUAUGUGGAUCCCGAGAAUUACAAGUAUGUUGGUGAUGAUGAUGUUGGUACAUAUCUUAAUCAUGUGGGUGGUCGUUGUGAUGAUGUUGCUGAACAAGUAGUUAAACUUAUGAAUAGGCGUGUGGUAGAUAAAACUAAAAAGAAAAAAAAUUCAACUCAAAAAAAUGAAAAAAAUCAUGUUUACGGGCAUUAUGUUGAUGUUGGUGAUGUAUGUUUAGAUAUAACCGAGCUACAAAGUAAUUCCGAUAGAGAUGAGUUGGGUGAUGAAGUUAAAGCUAAGUAUCCCGAUAACCUUUUUCACGGUAUGCCCCCUGUACCAGCAUGGCCAGUUGAUAUUAAUGAAGAUAUCCCAACACAGAUGGUAGACAUUAAUCUUCAAAAGAUUCAAUGUGAGAGUAUAUUUAAAAACAAAGAACUUUUAAAGCGGUGUAUUGGUAAAAAAUGUCUUCGAGAAGGUUUCCAGACGAGGACAAGUAGAUCCACCAAAUCAAGGUAUGAAGCUGUGUGUGUUUCGAAAAAUUGUUCUUGGUUACUAAGAGCAAAAGCAAUUAAAAAUACUGAUGGACUUUUCCAAGUGAAUAAAUUUGUUGAUGUACACACAUGUUCUUCAACAUUGUUGCAACCUAAUCAUCGACAAGCAAACAAAUAUGUUUUGGGUGAAUAUGUUGCUGAUGUUUUGGCUGAAGACUAUAGUAGAGUUUAUCGGGGAAAAGAAAUUGUUAAUGAUAUGAAUGCUCAAUUGAAUAUCAAUAUCUCAUACCAUCAGGCAUGGCGUGCGAAGCAAUAUGCAUUGUUGUCGUUAAGGGGUACGAAAGAGGAUUCUUUUACCAAACUUCCGGCGUAUUGUCACAACUUGGCCAAACAUAAUCCGGGUACUGUCACACAUAUUAAAACAGAUGCUGAUGAUCGGUUUGAGUUUUUGUACGUCGCACUCGGUUGCUCGGUACGAGCUUUUGUCAAUUUUUGUAAGCCGACCCUAGUAGUAGAUGGAGCUCACCUAAAGGGCGAGUUCAAAGGUAUCAUGCUACUUGCAGUUACUAAGGACGGACAAAAUCAAAUAUUACCGGUUGCAUAUGGUAUAUGCAAAAAUGAGUGUACUGAUUCUUGGACAUGGUUUUUUCAAAAAAUACGUGAUUGCAUAGGAAAUAUGUAGGAGCUUACAAUUAUAUCUGAUAGGUCUCCAUCUAUAGCAACAUCCGUUGCCAACAUUUUUCCUCACGCUCAUCAUGGAAUAUGUGGUGUCCAUUUGUAUUUCAACAUAGUAUCUAGAUUCGGCAAGAGUAAGACGGUUAAAGGAAUUUUUUGGGAGGCGUGUAGGGCGUACACAGUUGAUGCUUUUGAUGCUGCCAUGGAUGUUAUGAAAAAGACAAAAGAACCAGUAUGGGAGUACUUAAAAAGUAUAAAUCCAGAAACCUGGUCAAGGGCACAUUUUAAAGGGAACCGAUACAAUCUUAUGUCGUCCAACAGUGCGGAGUCUAUAAAUGCAUUAUCUAGACACGCACGUAAGGUGCCAAUACUUAUGUUGAUUGAUUUUUUUCGUGCUACAAUGCAACAAUGGUGGUUUCAAAGACGUAACUUUGCAGGUAUUACGUAAAUUUGUAAUAUUAAUGUUUUAUUAGUUUCGAUGUUAUUGAUUUUAACUUCUUCAUUUUGGCUGUUUUUUUAGCGGAAGCAACAACAACACUUACCCCU